UCGUUCUUGACCGACCCAUCACUACUACCAUUAGCUGCCUGACCUGCUUGGCUCAGAGGAGGCAGGACGGGAUUUCACGGAUAACAAUGUUUUAUUUUUAAGCCUAAAUAACGUUAAAAAACCGAAAACGCCGGAUGGUAAGAAGAACGACAUAACUGGAACGGAAAGCCGUCAAUGCAAAGAAAAGAGGAUCCAUGGCAAAGUGGCUGAAGGACUACCUAAACUUUGGCGCCAGGCGUGACCCUCCACAGCCCCCGAGGCCAGAUUACAGCGAGAGUGAGAUUCUGAGGGCCUACAGAGCUCAGAAGGAGCUAGAUUUCGAGGACCCGUAUCAACACUCUGAUAAGGAGCAUCAGAAUGGUGGUUUCAGCCCCUGUAGUGCCACAGUGAGCCUUCCUUCUUUCCCUGCAUUUGGUUCAGUGCUGCCUAAUGGUGUGGAGGUGAAAGUGGUGUCUCCCAAGCACAGACUUAUUAAAGUGGACUCUCAGGAGUUUGGCUGCUGUAAAGUCCCCCUGAGUCCUGUGACUGUUCAAGAGGAACCCGUGGUUCCUUCUGCCCCUGCCGCGUCGGACACUGACACAGACUACUCUGAUCCAUUUGAUGUCCGUCCAGACCCCAGAGGCAGACCAAACUGGGAGCCCAAAUCUGCACCAACAGAUUGCUGCAGCUACAUGGAGCCUUUUGAGGCCCAACGGAUUAUCUCAGAACUGCAGCACAGCAUGAUGACUAACAGGUCUGGGAGUGGAGAUGGCGGCCAGUUGUACGAUAACCCGUAUGAGGAGAGGACUCGUCACUACCACCGAGCUGCUCCAGCAGCACAACAACUAACUCAGAGGUUUGAGGGCGGACUUCUCCAGAUAGACAGCAGGGAGAGCAAGCUGCCUCAGGAUGAUGAGAGGCCGGCUGAUGAAUACGACCAACCUUGGGAGUGGAAGAAGGACAACAUCUCUAAAGCUCUAGCAGUUCAGUUUGAAGGGGCAGAAAGGGAGCGCUCGCGAGCUCAGACAGAUCAAACCAGACUCACCAAGACGGGCACAACAGCCGAGUCAACUACACUCCGUCUGGUUGGUGACACUCCUCCUCUCCUCGGAGAGAGAGUGGAUCCAUCCAUGCCACUGGAGAGACAAGUGUGGUACCAUGGAGCCCUGAGCCGCUCGGAGGCAGAGAGUCUACUGACGCUGUGCAAGGAGAGCUCCUACCUGGUGAGGAACAGCCAGAGCUGCCGGAACGACUACUCGCUCUCACUCAGGAGCUGUAAGGGCUUCAUGCAUAUGAAGUUCACUCAGUCUUCAGAGGGCCGCUAUGUGCUCGGGGAGAACAGCCCUCCCUUCUCCACUAUCCCCGAGGUCAUCCACUUCUACACUACACACAAGCUGCCUAUCAGAGGAGCUGAACAUAUGUCCCUACUGUAUCCUGUCAUAGUGCAGACCCUCUGACACUGACACACUCACAUAUACUCUUUCUCCUGGUGCUACUGAAUAUCACAUAUACUCAAUAUUUACCUAUCUCCUUCCUAUUUUCCUACAUGCCUUUUUCGUCGCCAUUCUACCUGAACUGCCCGCAAGAGAUUGGACUGUUUGGUGCCAUCUUUUCCGUUUACCAUAAACCCCAGUAACUACACUGGCAGCUUAAUAAGAGAGCUCAGUGCCUCAUGAAUAUUCGUCUGUGAACUGGUAUUGUCACUGAAACCCCCCUUAUUUUAAUACCAUGGACUCCUGAAAAUCAGCAAUCAUUGAUAUGAAAAGGAUAGUUAGGGAGUUUUGAAGUGGGGUUGUAUGAGGUACUUAUCCAUAGUCAGUGUAUUACCUACAGUAGAUGAUGGUCGGCACGCCCCCAGCUUGGAGAAACAGACAGGAGUUACGGCAUGGAAGCAAAGCAGUGUAUAGCUGUGGACGGGGCCGGAAGCAAAACAUAUUUUAGCCACCUAAAAGUAGUUAAAGUGUACGCUAUAUUUACAAUAUUUACGCCGUUUUACCUUACCAUUAGACAGACUGUAUGACUUUGGUAAAUU